AUGGACUCUGGCUUCAGUACCACAUUCCAUGAGGAACAGAAGCUGACAGCCCUUUGUGGCACCUACUCCCAGAAUUCUUCCUGGGCCAGGGCUACCACAAACAAAACGAAAGAGGCAGUUUACUAUCUGACUACAGUCCCUUCCUUUUGGGGUUCCCAACUUUUUUUCUCUAUUGAAGUUUUCACCUUUUUUCUCUUACUGAAGCGGGCUCAUAGCAUUCAGCAGAAGAGCCUCUUUCUGUCCAGUGCACCUGCUGGCCUGCAGAGGAAGCCAGAGAGCUUCAAUCAAGCCCCCCAGCAUGACCGCGUGGCCUCCCUUUCCACCCAGAGCACCAACAGCAGUGGUGGUGACCCAGAAAUGUCCCUGGCUCAACAAGCUCCCCAGCAUGACCCUGUGGCCUUUCCCUCCACCCACAGCACCAGCAGCAGUGGUGCAGAACCAAAAACCUCCCUGAUUCUCCAAUCCUUCCAGUAUGACACUGUGGCCUCCUUCUCUGUCCAGGGCACCAGCAGCAGUGGUGGAGACCCAGAAACCUUCCUGGCUCACCAAGCCCCCCAGCAUGACCCUAUGGCCUCCCCCUCCACCCAGAGCAGCAGCAGCAGCAGUGGAGACCCAGAAACUUCCCUGGCUCAACAAGCCCCCCAGCAUCAUCCUGUGGCCCUCUCCACCCAGAGCACCAGCACCAGUAGCAGUGGCGGAGACCCAGAAAUCUCCCUAACACAACAACCAUUUCAGGAAGCCAGCGUUUUUCAGGCUGGGCAGCCCGAGGCUUUGAUGUCAGCCUCGCCAAUAAAAAGGUGAGGCUGCCACAAGGCUGACAAGAGAUGCAUUUCCAUUCUA